AUGUCGUUGGGUGUGCUACCUGCGGUGAGGGAUGAGAUUCAAGCAUUGCGUAGGGUUUUGCAAGAUGUGGUGAUGUCGAGGCAGCUGUCGGAUCAGCCCGUGUGGGAGUUGGAGAAUAACAACAGAUUCUCGGUUCGCUCCUUGUAUAACAGGUAUGUUUCAGCUUUCAUUCCGUUUGGCCCUUUCGUUGAGUUUGAUGACGCAUUGAUUUUGAAUUGGGAUACCGACGUACCUUUCAAAAUUAAGAUAUUCGGAUGGAGGUGUUUAAUUAAUAGGCUCCCUACCAGAUAUCUCCUUGAAAUUAGAGGUAUGGUUUCGCCAAAUCCGCGCAAGUGUGUUUCAUGCGAUUUGGAUUGCGAAACUCUAGAUCAUCUGAUGAUCAAUUGUUGUGUGGCGAGGUUAAUUUGGAGGGAGGUGGCGGAGUGGGUUGAUUUAUCAUGUGGGAAUAGUGCAGGAAUGAAAGACAGUUUCAUGGAUUGGUUCACCCUUUGCAAAGGCAAUAAGAUGAAGAAAAGAAAGGAAAGUGUUUUUUGGGCGGCAACUUGUUGGAGUAUAUGGUUGUUGCAUAACGGUAUUAUCUUUAGGGGUGACGAGUGGAAUGUUUAUGAUACGAUUUGGAGGAUUAAGGCAUUGAUUUGGCGGUGGUAUUUUGUUGGUAAUAUUACAUAUCCCAAUUGUAAUUUCUACGAGUUUUGCAAGGAUCCCGUAUUCUUUCUGUCGUAG